AGUUAGUUGAUUUCUACCACAGUUACGUGAACAACCAACAGCAGCUACAAAAUGGUGUCUUUCGCAGAAGCAACCGAAAAAGCAAAGAACUUCUCAAAGAAGCCCACCGACGCCGAAUUCUUGGAAUUCUACGGUCUCUUCAAGCAGGCUACUGUUGGUGAUGUGAACAUUGAGAAGCCAGGCGCUUUGGACUUGAAGAGGAAAGCCAUGUGGGACGCAUGGAACUCACGCAAGGGUCUGUCAAAGGCUGCCGCCGAGGAGGCCUACGUCCAGGUUUACGAGAAAUACGCACCCAUUUACGCUUAAACAUUUCGUAUAUUAUAGUUAAAUUUCGCUCUGCCAAAGACUAUUCAUAUUAAUUUAUAAAUAUCGUUAAAUUUGAUUGCCAUGUUAUUUGUUUAUUUGUG